AUGUCUCGAUGGUAUCCUGAAAGAUUACUGCUCUUAUCACUUAAGUUUCCAUCCAGGAGUAAACAAUUAGACGAGUUACUGGAGCAGACAACAGCUUUGGAAGCACUGGAUUGCACUCAGCGGAAUCUUACUUUGAUAUUGUCUAAUAGAUUCGCCAAAACGCUCGAUUCGUUGUUACAUGAUUAUCGCAAUCUCGUUGCUAAACUUGAAGGAUUGACUGUAGAAAAGGAUCUUACCGCCGACGCUCUUAGAUGUGAAGACUUACUGGACUCGCUCGAGAAGCGGAAUGAGAUUGUGAAACGCUCUGAAAUUGUUAGUGAAAUCAAAGGGGUUGUUGCUGAUAACGCAGAUUUAUUGUCCAUCUCAUGGCUACGGGAUGCUUUGACAACACGCUUGAAAGCCGUGGAGAACGAGGUACGUCGAUCAGCUGCCGAUGAUAUGCGUCGAGGUUUGGUGAGCCUCAAUGCUUCUCUAAUUUCUUCAGCCACAAGAGCACUGGAGAAUCUGGAAGUGCUUGAUGCCGAGCUCGAAGUGCAGUUGUCGUCAGCCGCUGCGGAAGUUGAUUCAAAGCUGGUGGAUUUGUCCUCGUCUCCUGAAAGUAGUAUGCGGAAUCUCCAGCAAUGCGUUAACCUUAUUCACUCACAGCUUGAACAGUGUGCUUUGCUAGGUGAGUUUGUUGAAAAACUAGCACGAAUAAUUCGUGCGCGUGUGCCUUUGGAUGCAACUUUCAAACUUCCCCUUAAUUUCUACCAUCUUCAGGUUUAUUCAACAAAUAAAUCGAGUGCUCAGUGCACGUCCAGAGUGCUCGGGACCCCUCAUCGAGGCUCUACGUCCACUAAAAAACUCUAUUUCAAGUCAGUCUUGAGUUCCGCGGUCGAAGAAGAAAUCAAACGACUUGCUUGGGAUAGUGAACUCCGAGAUGAAACUGAGAAGAAUAUACAAAAGUGUCUCAGCAUGGUUGCUAAGCGCCUAGAAUCCGAGUUGAAACUGGAUACAGAAAAUUUGCUUCUAGGUGAUCGGCUGAGAAGUGAUCAAUUGAAGAACUACAGAUUAUUGGAGGUGGCUAAUGGUCUUGCUGCUAAAUGGCCAUCUCAAGCAACACCCUUGCUAACCUUCGAGCAAGAAGCCGUAGCAAUCAUUAUGGAGUCAAUUCGUGAAAGUAUAUUCACCAUAGUCGGUGCAAUGCAUCGAGAGGUACUCGGGAACAAAGAUGUAUCUCCGUAUAUGCAGGAGCUGAUUGCUUACAUUAAUCGCAUAGAGUUCCACACCUCACAUUUUCCAUCGUCUAUUCGACGCAGUGCUUCUCUUUCUUCUCUCGCAGACUACAUUAUUGAACUGUUCCUUAUUAAUGCCACCCUACUUCGCCCGUCGAGCGAUUCUAUUCGUCAGCGACUACGUACGGACUUAGAAAGCUUGUUGGACGCUGUCGAAUCGAAACUAAACCCUAGUGUUAAGUAUCCAGACCGGAAUCAGUUAUUGUCACUCUGGCAUCGUGAUGGAUCAAUUUUUGAUAAUGAAUCGAAUACCUCCUUACCGACUUGGAUCUAUCUUCAUAUCCUCAUUUCUGAUAGCCCCAACAAUCUGGUGUCACCUCAUACAAGCGUAGAUUGGACGAUUGACCAGUACGUGAAGUGGUGCUGCGACCACACGGAUUUCGAGAUAGUCUCGUUCCUCAGUGGCUUGUUGGCAUCAUAUACGACAACUGUGGUCAACAGACACGAAACACAGUUCGUACCACAUUAUCCAAAGAUGAUGGAACUCGUGAGAAAGGCCACAGAUUCCACCACCUGA